GUUGGCCGUUUCGAUCCUGCCAUUGCCAAUUGUCGAUAUCGACCAAUCCGCGGAGCUGUUUAGCAUCACUAUUCACACUUCAGUGUUCAUCAGCCCCGGAGCCGUCAGUACGCGAAGGCAACGAGUUUUGAACGCUAGUCAAAUUGUGAGCAAUAUGAAGGCUGCCGCGCUGAUUUUGUUGUCCGUCUUCUGUGCGAUUGAAUGUCGGAAGAUCGUGCCGAUAAACAAACAUGCGAACAUUGACUUUAUCAACAUGGAGAGUGGGGGGAUGAGGCCGGCGGCGCCCGCUGUGCAGCCUCCCAAGCAACCGGUGCCUCAAGCUGUGCCUAGCCAGCCAGCACCGGCGCCCGUCGCACCCGCCCCUGCGAAACCCCAGACACCUGUGCCUGCUGCUAAGCCUGUCCCCGUACCCGUGCCUACGCCACCGAAGCCUGCACAACCCACUCCCGCUCAAAUCAAGCCCGUCCCUGUCAACCCUCCACCUGCAUCUAACCCGAUAACCACCCCUGGACCCGGUAGCGUUAAAUCACUCAUCAACUUCUACGACAGCAGAGGCAAUGCCAGUCCCAUCCGGCCUUACAGCUAUAGCCAAGCCGUCAAACAAGGUUAAAACAAUAUUUUUAAGUAAUAUUUUGUGCCAUUCAGAUGAAUUUCAUGCAUAUUGUUUUUAGAAUUAAGAAUGUGUUCUGUAUGAAUCAUCUUAUACAAUUCAAAUGGAAUUGAUUAAAACCAAUGUAAACCUU